AUGAAAUGGAUACAGGCCAUUAGGCGAGACGAAGGAAAUGAAAUAUCCGACUCGACAAAGGUCUGUUCCAGACAUUUUAGAAAUGAAGAUCUAAAAAAGACUCUUGCGGGGAAAAUAUGUUUAAAACCUGGCGCCAUACCUUCGAUAUUUCCCUGGAUUCGCACGUCGCCUCGCAAGAGGAAACCACCGACAGAAAGGAACGUUUGCGAACCAGUGGCGUCGAUUUCUGCUGUUUCUAGAUCGAAUGCAUCGGCCGAGAGUGUUGUGGAAUUUGAUUUGGAAGAAAAAGUGGAAGUAAGUAUCGGUUUGACUACCAGGGUUAUUGAGAAUCAGAAUAUAAUCUUGCCAGAAAAGGAAUGUUAUGAUUUGACGGAAACCAUCGCUAACAAAAACAAAAGAAUUGAAGAAUUAGAACAGGAAAUCAAUGACAUUAAAUUGCGAUUAGAAAAUGCUCAGCGGCAAAUCACAAACCUUACAAAGAAACAAUUUGUGCUCGAGAACUUGAAAGCUAAGAAAAAUACAGCAGCUUUUUACGCUUGUUUUAAUAACUGCGAUGCUUUUAAGGCGGUGUAUAAUAACCUUGAUCCCGGAGAACGAGGAGGAAACAUUGCUUACUGGCGUUCUGGAAAUGGUGAGGUCUCUGUUGAUUAUGACCAGGAUCAGUCAGAGGACUCUUUCACGAAAAAAGGAAGAGCUAGGUCUUUGAGGCCAAUGGACGAAUUUGUAAUGUGCAGACUUAGACAAGGGUUUCAUGAAGAUCAUCUUGCUCACUUGUUCAACGUGUCAACACCGACUGUAAGUCGGAUGGUCAUAAUAUGUAUCAAUUUCAUGUACUUUAAGUUUGGUCACAUUAACAUUUGGCCUUCAAAGGAAUUGAUAGACAGAACAAUGCCUAAAGCAUUCAAGAAUAAAUAUGGGAGUACACGUGUGAUAAUUGAUUGUACGGAAGUAAGAUGCCAGAUGCUAAGUAGCUUACAAUUGAAUGGAGAGCUCUUCAGCAGCUACAAACAUCACACCACACUUAAGGGUUUGGUGGGGAUUUCUCCUGGAGGAGCAAUUACAUCAUCAGCCAAUUAUAUACUGGAAGCAUCUCUGACAGAGAGUUUGUCAGAAGAAGUGGCCUUUUAG